AUGAGCUUUUCCAAACAACCAUAUUACAAGUUAUUGAGAAGCUUCGCACGUUCUAUAGGUCGAUGGCCUGAACAGUCUCGACUACAAACUUUUGUGAUAGGAGUCAUCAUCAUUACUGCAUUUAUUCUAAAUCUCACACCAAUAAUAACAGCUGACGUAGUGCAUUUUGAUGAUCAAAAAUUGAUAUUUGAAACAAUAGGGUCACUUUUAACUAAUGCUGCUACAUUAACUGUAUAUUUUAAUACUUUUUUAAACGGAAAGAAGCUUAGAAUCCUUUUUAAAAGAAUUAAUGAUGAUUGGAAAUUAGUGACGAACAGAAGGGAAAUAAUUAUUUUGAAAAAAUAUGCGAAAUUAGGAAGCGUUAUUUCAGCUGGAUACGCAGGUUUUGUGUACAUAGCGACUUUUAUAUUUGUAAUAGAGCCGGCUUUGCCAAUGAUCAUAAAUUUUAUUUUCAAAACAAAUAUAUCUGCUCCAUAUAACUUUUCUUGUCCAAUGGAAUGGGUUAUAAUAGACAAAAGAAAAUAUUACUGGAUAUUAUUCACUAAUUCCACAGUGUGUGUUAUGUUAAUUCUCUCCGUACUCAUUUCUUGUGACGUUAUAUUUAUUACGUUCGUACAUCAUGCGUGCAGUUUAUUUGCAAUUGCUGGAUAUCGACUUCAAAAUUUGCCUACUGAUGUCAACUUAAACAGUAAGCUAACGCAAUCAUAUCUAUUAAGAAACUCACACGAUGUUCACUACAUACAUUUGGUUUCGAGUAUCAAAAUUCAUCGACGGGCUAUAGAAUAUUUUAAUUUGAUUGAAAAUACUUUUACUGUGGGCAUUGGAGUUGUUGUGUUUCUAAAUGUGCCAUUGAUGAGUAUUACGGGCGUUCAGCUUAUAGUACAAACAAAUACAUUGCAGCAAAAAAUAAAAUUAAUUGUGUUUGCGGUUGCGCAGAUAAUUCAUCUCUUUUUCGAGUGUUUUCUAUCCCAACAGCUAACGGAUAUGAGCUUACAAAUCCAACGUCACAUCGCUAAUGGAAAGUGGUACAAUAUUUCGAAAAAAUCACAAAAAUUGUUGAUUUUGAUGACACUGAGAAGUCAAGUGCCGUGUAUUUUAACUGCAGGAAAAAUCAUGGAAUUGUCUAUAGAAAGCUUUGGAAUGAUGAUGAAAACAUCUGGAUCAUACUUCACUGUUCUUCUAUCUAUGCAAUAA